AUGGUGAAUGACAGAUGGCAUUUUACUGGGGUUGCCAAUGCCAUCAUCUUUAGGCUGAUCGUUGACGGGAGCCUGGGAAGUCGGGCCCGUGAUGGCGAGACUUUUUCUCGGCCAUGUUGCUCCAGCACUCGUGACGACCAUCUUGCUCGUUACCUGCGUCAGGUGUUUUCUCCUCUGAACGGAGUGCGUGGAUUCCUGGACGCGACCGAGUUUGGCAACUGGAUGAAGUUUGUGCGGAGUGUCGACAGUAACGGACGUGAGCCGAACAUGAAACCGAUUCUCAUUUCCGGAGAGAUAUUUUACGAGACUUUGCGAGAGCUUAAACAAGGCGAAGAAUUGUUGCUUCCCCCGAAGGAACCGAUUCUUUUGCAAGGAUCCAGCAGAUCAGCAACAAGGGGAAACAGUGAUGAAUCCGAAGGUGAUAGGGACGACACUGAGGAAGGCGAGGCUGAGGAGACUGUUCUCAAGUGCAUCGCGUGCGAGCUCAGCUUCCAGGACUGCAGCCAGUUGGACCAGCAUUUGGUUCAGUCGCAUGGUUACACUCCUGGACAACAUGCCUGUGACAAAUGUGGACAGUCCUUCAGCUGGAAGCCGAAUUUGCUCCAGCACCAGCUUGAGGCCCAUGGGGAUCGCAAAAGGUUCUCCUGUGAAAAUUGCGGCAAGGUGUUCACCGACCCCAGCAACUUGCAGCGCCACAUCCGGAGCCAGCACAGUGGCGCCCGGUGCCACGCGUGUCCCGAGUGCGGCAAGACCUUCGCCACUUCCUCGGGCCUCAAGCAGCACACCCACAUCCACUCGUCCAUCAAACCAUUCCAAUGCGAAGUCUGCUACAAGGCCUACACCCAGUUCUCCAACUUGUGUCGCCACAAGCGGAUGCACGCGGAUUGCCGGAACCAGAUCAAGUGCCACAAGUGCGGCCAGGCCUUCUCCACCGUCACGUCGCUCACCAAGCACAAGCGGUUCUGCGACUCCACUCCGGGACCCGGGACCAUACCCGGGGGAAACCCAGUCACGGGCAACCCGACUGCGUCAUCUCUAUUCCGCCCGACCCCGACUCCUCAAGGCGUCGUCCCGUCAUCCGCCGCCUCGUUGCCUCAUCCACUGCCGCAUCAAGGACCACCGGCAUCGCAGCAGGUGCCAUCGGGUCCACCGCACCACGCAUUCCCGUUCUACCCGCCACCCUCAGCAGCAGCAGCCACGCUGUUGUCUCAGUACUCGCUGCUGAACCACGGUGGUCCCCUGUUCCCCGGGAUGCCGACGCACAAGGCGCCAGACAACUUCAUGGCGCUCGCUGCGCUGUCUAAUAUUCUUCGUGCGAGUGGUGCCGCAGCUGCGGCGGUUGCUGCCGUCACAAACAACAACAACAACAACAACAACAACGGCAACAGAACCACCAACAGCAAGGACCACAGCAACAAAGAUAAUUCUUCGCAUUGCACGGACUCGGCUCGUAGUUCCUCCGGGUCACCGCCGCCACCACAACCACCGCCUCCUCAUCAUCAUCAUCCCACCAGCAACGCCACUACUAUUAAGGAGGACGAAGCGAGCAAAAAUGGGGAUUCUUUCCCGCUGGAUUUGCGAGUGGACGUGAAACGUGAUGAAGCAGAUGACGGGGAUGUCGACGACGACGACGACGACAACGACGACAACGUCGAUGAUGACGACGAUGAUGAUGAUAAUGACAAGGUUUCAUCGAAUAGCGUCAUCAUUGGGAAACAUCCCAGGAACGAAAGCCCCGGAAACGAAGAAAAAGAUGGCGAAACCGCGACGCCGUCAGAGUCGACAGAGUUGCCAAUAAGUUUGCAAUCGCCGUCGGAAGCGAAACGACAGCGAUUAUCCUUGCCUUCUGCUGGUCUGCCACCUUCGACACCUCCGUCAGAUCAGUUAUUGGCACCCAGGACCCCGUUUCCUCAUCACCCGCUCAUGUUGAAUGGCUAUGUUCACCGGAAUCCCAUGGCGAGGUUUGAACUGCCGUUCCCACACGGGAUGAUGGGCGCCGCGGCGGCGGCGGCAGCAGCUGCGGCGGCCGCGGCUGCAGGCGUCCCUUCCCGGGACACCAGUGCCAACACCAAGACCCGGUCGGACAGGUACGCGUGCAAAUUCUGCGGCAAAGUGUUUCCCAGGUCGGCAAACCUCACGCGCCAUCUGCGCACGCACACGGGCGAACAGCCGUACCGGUGCCAGUACUGCGAACGGUCCUUUUCCAUCUCGUCCAACCUCCAGCGACACGUGCGGAAUAUUCAUCACAAGGAGCGGCCUUACAGGUGUCACCAGUGCGACAGGACCUUCGGGCAACAGACGAACCUGGAGCGCCACUUGCGGAAACACGAGACCGGGGAGGCGACCACUCCGAGUCCCACAGUGGCGUCCAACACCACCACCACCACCACCACCACGCCAUCGACCGUCACUGGCACCACGCCAACCAGCACCACCACUGCUGUUGCCGCCGCGGACUGA